AUGAAGAAGAAGAAACCCAAGAAAUCUCCGGUCAAAUCGCCGCCGAAAUCGUCUCCCAAGGGCCUCUCUAAGGCGGUCUCGAACUCCGCUCCACCGGAUCUGAAAUCGAGUGAGACAGAAGCUGUUUCUGAAGCUCCAAUCGACCUCUCAGUCGACAUCGACGCUCAACAGCCUCUCCAAACUGCGAUUGAAGAUUCUAGUCCCUCCGAUCUAUCCCCGAGUACGGUUGUGAUCGACGCGUCGUCGUCGGAUCCUCCUUCUCUCACCACGGUCGCCCCCUCUGCAAACCUGAAGCCGAGCACUGAUGUUUCAACUCAGAGCCCCUUGGGUUUGACAGGAAACGUGAAUGAUAUAACAGAGGCCUCCGAGUCUCCUAUUACAGCUUCUGCUGAUGCCAAGACGGGGUCUUUGAGCUCGCAGAUAGUCAUGUUGCCUUCGGUGGAGAUUGUUUCAGACACUCCAUCAGCUAGUGAGCCGGUUGUCAACCAAUCUGAAGUAGACACUAGCUCAGGAAAGAUUACUGUGACAGUAGAAACGGCAAAGUUGGACCCAAAAGAGUUGGAUGCCGAAACUACGAAAGCAGAGUCAGCGGAUGCACAGAGGAAGGAAUCAAGCAAGGAAACGACUACUCCGGUGAACGAUUGGUGUAAUCAUGCUAAGGGUCUAGGAAAGCGACUAUCUAAAAAAGGAGAAGCUUUCACUCUUCCCUCGGGUGAAGCUUGUAUAAAGAUUCCUAACUCUGUAAUUGAGAAAAACAGGAAGUCUUGGGAGCCAUUCGUGCUAGGGCAAUUCUACUCAGACCCGCCUUCCCAAGGAACUUUGCACAACAUCGUCAAUGGUAUCUGGAGCAAGCACUACAGAGAUAUCUCUGUCUCUAAGAUGGAGGGUUUCGCGUUUCUUUUCCGGAUUCCCAAUGCAUCGACAAGAGCCAGGGUUAUUAAUCAGAGGCUGUGGCAGAUUGAAGGACAGACAAUGUUUGUCGACAGAUGGGAACCGGGGAUUGUGCCAGUGAAGCCGGAGCUCACCUCUGCGCCUAUCUGGCUGGAACUCAGGAACGUUCCCUUUCAGUUCUUCAACGAAGAUGGGUUGGAACGCAUUGCGGGGCUGGUGGGAGAACCAAAGUUUCUUCACCCGACGACCAAAAACAAAACAAAUCUGGAAGUUGCGAAAGUGUGGACGAUCAUCGACCCCAGAGUUCCAUUGCCUGAAGCAGUAAACGUGCAAUUUGAAUCCGGAGAAAUCAGCAGAGUGAUGGUCUCCAGCCCUUGGAUGCCACCAGUUUGCACUCUUUGUAAGGAGAUAGGCCACACAGAUAAGAGAUGCCCGUCUGUUCAGAAGGUGCCGAUGUUAUGUUCUCAUUGCAACUCGAAGAGCCAUGUCCUAGGUAACUGCCCGCUGAACCGCAAGAAGGACCCAAAGGGUAAGAAAACCAGGAGAAGUAAAUCUAAAGACAAGCGACAGUGGAGAGUGGUGGAGCCUAACUCCGACUCGGAUAAACCGAGCUCAGACUCAGCUAAGACUUCCGUUGCUCCUGCUCAGAAGGAGUGGACUCACACUGAAGUAGCUACCCACUCUAAGCUAGGCACCUUGAAGGAUCUUGAGUCAGGUGAGCCUAGCGUCCUCAACUCAGAGCCUCAUUCAGCGCGGCCUAGAAGUGUAUCAGGUGCUUCAAAAUCAUCAAACUCAGACAUCCAACCGGACUCUUCGGAUGUGGAGUCUUCAGAUUCAGAGUUAGAGGAAGGUGAAUUCAGUCAGUUCGAGCCUGAUUUUGAGCUUGUCAGGAACAAGAAACAUUUUUCAGGUCUGAAGGAGGACAACUAUGGCUACUCGCCUCUCGGUAAAAUUUGGAUGGUUUGGCAUCCUUCGCUUUUGGUUACUAUCAUAUCAAAAUCCCUUCAGAUGAUCUCAGCUGAAGUCUCUUGGCCCUCCUCCCCCCAAUCCAAAGUCUAUAUCUCGGUUAUCUACGCUUCUAAUGAGCCGGCAAUGCGCUCUCUACUGUGGACAGAAAUCAACGCUCUUGAAUCUGCUUGUGCUCUGGAUGGAAAACCUUGGCUGCUGGUGGGUGAUCUUAAUCAAAUACGUGACCCUUCGGAGCACUCCCUUCCCUCUACCCUGAACAUGGAUAAGAGGAUCAGAGAUCUGAACCAGUGCCUGCAGGAUGCCAAUCUCGAGGACCUUAAUUACAGAGGACCUACCUUCACUUGGUGGAAUAAAAACAAGUCAGCCCCGAUAGCUAAGAAGCUAGAUAGAUGUCUGGUUAACGACGAAUGGUACAACUCCUUCCCAUCGUCUGUAGCCUUUUUUGGCAGUCCGGACUUCUCAGAUCAUGCAGUAAUCUCCAUCACUCUAGACCCCGACAGAAUAAGAACCAGGAAGCCCUUUCAAUUUUACAAUUUUCUAUUAAAGAAUCCUGAGUUUCUUGUUGAGGUUUAUUCCAGCUGGUUUACUUUUAAUGUUACAGGUUCAGCAAUGUUUAGAGUUUCCAGGAAGCUCAAGCUUCUCAAAAACAUCAUCAGAGAGUUUAGCCGUCGGAAUUACUCAGGCAUUGAGAAAAAGACGGCUCUAGCACACGACAAGUUACUCCAGGCUCAAAACGCAAUGCUCUCUGCUCCAUCGCCUAGCAAUGCUGUAUCAGAGGUAACAGCGAUGGCGGACUGGGAAGAAUUAUCUACUGCGGAGGCGGCUUUCUUCUUUCAGCGAUCCAGGAUCAACUGGCUUUCUUUUGGGGAUGGGAACUCUACACUUUUUCAUCGCUACGCUGCCUCGAGACAAGCAUUAAAUCAUAUCCACUUCCUUCUUACAGAAACAGGGGAAAGGGUUGAAUCUCAGGAGGGAAUUCAAAAAAUAUGUGUGGACUACUUCUCUGACCUCUUGGGCAGUCCGGUCUCCCCACAAAUGUUUGUGCAGAGUGAUCUAGAUAUGCUGUUCGACUUCACAUGUUCAGCUGAUCAGAUGGCUGGGUUUCAAAAGGAGUUCACUGCUAAAGAGGUUAAGGAGGCCUUCUUCUCGCUGCCCAAGAAUAAAACAGGAGGUCCUGAUGGCUAUUCCGCGGAGUUCUUUACCUCAACAUGGCCAAUCAUUGGUCCUGAGAUCACUGAAGCGGUCCUAGAGUUUUUUAAAUCAGGGAGGCUACUCAAGCAAUGGAACGCGGCAAAUCUGGUGCUUAUUCCGAAGAAGAUGAACGCUUCACUUCCUACUGAUUUCAGACCGAUAUCAUGUCUCAACACGCUAUACAAGGUGAUCUCGAGAAUGUUGGCUUCUAGGCUGAAGGAAAUUCUGCCUCUUAUGAUAUCCAAGUCUCAAUCAGCCUUCCUUCCGGGACGACUCCUAGCAGAGAACGUUUUGCUUGCCACUGACCUAGUAAACGGCUACAACUCUCAGACCUUGUCUCCUCGGGGAAUGCUGAAGGUCGACUUACGGAAAGCAUUUGACUGCGUCCGCUGGGAUUUCAUUCUGGCCUCACUUCGUGCGCUCGGUAUACCGGAGAGCUUUAUCAUGAUGAUUUCUGAAUGUUUAUCCACCGCCUCUUUCUCUAUAUCUGUAAAUGGAGUUUCAGGCGGGUUCUUCAAGAGCACUAAAGGGAUCAGACAAGGAGAUCCCUUGUCCCCUUAUCUAUUUGUGCUGGCAAUGGAGUGCCUUUCCCGUCUGCUAAAAUCCAGAUAUGAAGCUGGCCUAAUUGGAUACCACCCGGGAACAGAGGAGCUGAUGAUUUCCCAUCUUAUGUUCGCUGAUGACGUUAUGGUCUUCUUCGACGGCACCAGUAACAGCCUCCAUGGGAUAUCGGAGUGCCUAAAUGACUUUGCCUCUUGGUCGGGUCUCCAAAUGAACCCCACGAAGACUGAGCUCUUUACAACGGGAAUCGACCAAGUUGAAACCACUGCUAUCUCCAGCUACGGUUUCCCCUCUGGUAACUUCCCUAUCAGGUAUCUAGGCCUCCCGCUCAUGAGUAGAAAGUUGAAAAUUUCAGAGUAUGCGCCGCUGAUGACCAAGCUCAACGCCCGUUUCCACUCCUGGUCUGUAAAGCUAUUAUCUUUCGCGGGGCGGCUGCAGUUGCUAAAAACGGUGAUUUUUGGAACGGUUAACUUCUGGAUGUCCGCAUUUAUCUUACCCAAAGGGUGUAUAAAAACCAUCGAGUCUCUCUGUUCCAGAUUCUUGUGGUCAGGAAGUGUAGACAAAAGAAGCAUUGCCAAGAUAGGGUGGUCUACUGUCUGUCUCCCCAAGGAAGAGGGGGGGCUUGGACUCCGGAAUUUCAUGAUUUGGAACCAAGUGCUGUGCCUAAAAUUUAUCUGGAUACUUCUAUCAAAAACCUCUUCACUGUGGGGGGAUUGGCACUGGAGUACUCACCUCAACACGCACUCCUUCUGGACUGUAACCGCAUCAGACUCCGACUCCUGGACUUGGAAGAAGAUACUUGAUCUUCGACCUCUCGCUCUUCAGUUCAUCAGAACAAGAUUAGGAAACGGAGAGGACACAAGCUUCUGGCAUGAUGUUUGGACGCCAUUCGGACAGCUCAUCUCUCAUAUUGGUCCCUCCGGUCCUAGAGCACUAAGACUGAGAAAUGAAGCCAGGGUGACGGAUGCUAUCAGAGGUUCAUCAUGGUCACUUCCUCACCCUCGAUCGCAGAGGGAAGUAGAGCUGCAUAUCUAUCUUACAACUAUUUCACUUCCACUUUCUGAGCAUAUAAAUGAUGAGUAUGAAUGGGUUACUGGUGAUAGUUCUUCUAUUGUUUUCAGGUCCUCAGCUACAUGGGAGAUGCUAAGGCCUAGAGGAGAGCUAAAGGACUGGUUUGAUGUUGUUUGGUUCAAGGGAGCAAUCCCCAAGCUCAGUUUCACAAUGUGGGUUGCGAAUUAUGAUCGGUUGCCUACCAGAUCAAGACUUGCAGCAUGGGGUCUCCCGGUCUCACCGCUCUGUCCUUUCUGCAACCAACAUGACGAAACCAGAGACCAUCUCUUUAUCUCCUGCACCUACAGUCAAGACGUUUGGCGUGGAGUGCUCGUGCGUUGCCAACCCAACACAGCAGCGAUCACCUCCUGGUCUGAACUGCUGUCUUGGAUCAGAAAUCGAUCCCUCUCCCGGCGGCUCACUCUCUUACGGAAGCUUGCUGCUCAGUCUGUCAUCUAUCACAUAUGGAAGCAGCGAAAUAACCUUGUGCACAACCAGACAUCCAUUCCGGCCUCUACUAUCUUUAGAGCCGUUGAUAAAGAGGUUAAAAACAUCAUCUCGGCAAGAAGGCUGAGGAAAAGGUUUAGCUCUCUUAUGAGACUGUGGCUAAGAUAA